AGUCGCCUGCCGCGGGGCGGGGCGGCGGAUGAGGCCUGGCAGACUGCGCGGGUGAUGCGCGCCCCGCGGGGGAUGCCGGGCCCGGCGCCGAGCCGCUGAGGCGCCGCGGGGCCCGAGCGGAACGGAGCGACCAUGCCGUGCACCUGCGGCAAUUGGAGGCGGUGGAUCCGGCCGCUGGUGGUGCUGCUGUACAUCGUGGGGCUGCUGGUGGUCGUGCCUCUCUGCGUGUGGGAGCUGCAGAAGCUGGAGGUUGGAAUCCAUACCAAGGCAUGGUUUAUUGCAGGGAUAUUUCUACUGAUGACCAUACCCAUCUCCCUCUGGGGAAUACUACAACACUUAGUCCAUUAUACUCAACCUGAAUUGCAGAAACCAAUAAUAAGGAUUCUGUGGAUGGUGCCGAUUUACAGUUUAGACAGUUGGAUAGCUUUGAAAUACCCCAACAUUGCAAUAUAUGUGGAUACAUGUCGAGAAUGCUAUGAAGCUUAUGUCAUCUAUAAUUUUAUGGUUUUUCUUUCAAAUUACCUAACCAACCGAUAUCCAAACCUCGUAUUAAUAAUAGAAGCGAAAGAUCAGCAGAGACACCUGCCUCCCCUGUGCUGUUGUCCAUCGUGGGCUAUGGGAGAAGUUCUGUUAUUUAGGUGUAAACUCGGUGUUUUGCAGUACACUGUUGUCAGACCGUUUACUACUAUUAUUGCUUUAAUUUGUGAGCUAGUAGGUGUGUAUGAUGAAGGAAACUUCAGCUUUGACAAUGCUUGGACUUACCUGGUUAUACUUAACAACAUGUCACAGCUAUUUGCUAUGUAUUGUUUAGUGCUGUUUUAUAAGGUACUACGUGAAGAACUGAACCCUAUCCAACCUGUUGGAAAGUUCCUGUGUGUGAAGAUGGUAGUUUUUGUUUCUUUCUGGCAAGCUGUGCUUAUUGCAUUGCUGGUGAAAGUUGGUGUUAUUUCUGAGAAACACACCUGGGAAUGGCAGAGCGUGGAAGCUGUGGCUACAGGCCUACAGGAUUUCAUCAUUUGUGUUGAAAUGUUUCUAGCUGCUAUUGCACAUCACUACAGUUUUUCCUAUAAACCUUAUGUUCAAGAAGCUGAAGAAGGGUCAUGCUUCGACUCCUUUCUUGCAAUGUGGGAUAUUUCUGAUAUAAGGGCAGAUAUAUCAGAACAAGUUCGAAAUGUUGGAAGGACGGUUCUGGGCCAGCCAAGAAAAAUGUUUUUUGCUGAGGAUCAUGAGCAGAACGAGCAUACAAGUUUACUAUCCUCCUCUACUCAAGACCCAAUUUCUGAUGCUUCUUCAAUGCCAUCAUCACCUAUGGGUCAUUACCAGGGGUUUGGACACACUGUGACACCUCUCACAACACCAACAACAGUCCCUGCAGUUGAUGGUAUUUAUAACACUUCUGCUACCCGGGACACUGCGGAAUCGCCUGAACUAAUGCACAAUUCAUCAGAGAAAGCUUUGGAUAGAAGUUAGACUCACCUUUUUUGAACGUGUCAAGGAGCCUGUUAUAUUCUCGCCACAUACGUUCAGUUAGCAUAUACUGUUAGCCCUGGAAGUUGGAUAGCAUGGAGUAGCUACUGUGCAGGCAGGAGGAGGAUACGGCUGUAACUGACAUCUUAAUGUUCUGAGUACCUGAGUACCCAAUGAAUAUAAAACGCACACUGUAAAAGUUUCUGCAGAAAUUCAGGAAUCACAUCCUUGAACUGCCGGACGUUUAUACAUCUGUUAUACGAACGUACAGUAAAACCAUACUCCUUUCUACUAAGGCAAGAGAAACACUUGAAAAAUGCUGUGCUCUUCAAAACACGAAACGUAAAUACUACUAGCAGUGGGAAGGGUUAAUUUUGAGAAUGUAAUUUAAGGAGGGCAGUGAAAAAAACUCUUUAUAUUGGUUUUGGUUUUCUUAUGAUGAUAUUAACUACAUACCCCUAGGCUUGAAUGGUGUGUGGAUGACAUAUAACUUCUGUGCACAUGCCAUCUUCUUCCCAUGCUAGCAUAGUUAAAUAAAAUCCUUUCAAUGAAGAUAAUUAUUGCAAAGCAUCAGUUAAAAAAAAAAAAGUCUAGUAAAAAAAAGAAAAAGCAUUCCCUGUUGGUUCUCACCAUAAAAUACAGUUGGCCUAACUCUUGUUCUUGUACCUCUUAAUUUAUCAGUCUUUUGCAUUCAGAGUGUACAGCCAGGUAGGUAAGCUUUGGAUUAGUACCUUCGUAUUUGGCUUUUUUUCCUAUCCUAGAAUAACAGUAAGGAGAGGGGAAUAAAGGAUGUCAAAAAUUACACCGAAAACAAAACUGACUUCUUUGGUUUUGGCUGCAAUAAAUUCUUUUAACACCUAAAUUUUUAAGCCGUUAACAUAUCGUGCUUUAACGAGAUGUCUGUGGUAGUUUGUAUUCAUAAAUUUGUAUCUGUGAUUAUUGUAUUAUGCUUCUAGUAUAGCCUAUUCAAACGUAAUAAUUCAUUUGUGCGUGUGUCCCAGAGAAGAGACCUUUGCUAAGGUGAAAUUAAGUAGCUAGUCUAAUACUGGAGUUACUCGAGCAUUAUAUUUUAGACCAAGGAAGAGUAAAUUUGUAUCAAAACAGUUUGCAAAACUGACAAAAGCAGCUGCUUUUUUAAAAAUCCCAUUACUGGGUUUUUAGUACUAUUGCAUGUUUGCAGUCUUACAAAUUGAGAACACUAAGUGAUGCAUCAUUGUUUUUUUUUCCCAGCGUUGUUGGCGUUUACAGGAUAAAUGUUUAACUUCUGUCUGUCACAGUGGGAUUCAUCUUAAGUGCUUAUUUUGCAGUACUAGUGUGAUGUAAAUACUGCGCCUUACUCACUAGGCUGCCUAUUUUAUAGCUGACUGUAUUUGCUCUAUCUGAAGCUAGGGGGAAAAGUGCAAAUCGUACUUUCCACUUUGCCAAGUCAUUGCCUUUGUUGUAAAUAAGCAAUUAAAUAUUUUAUUUAAACUGUUGGGCUUUUUUUCCCAUUUGAUUUAUUGCUACUGUCAUUUAGAAUGUAAAUGACAGAUGAUGGCAACUGUUCUCUUUGUGAAGGAAGGGAUCUUGUGCAUAACGAGUAGAAGUGCUUGUAAUUUCUUCCAGUGUUUUGAGUAUAAUGAAAGAAAUCUUCCAGAAGCUUAUCAGGCAUCAGACUUAUUUAUGCUUGACUCAAUCUUUUCCUUGUUAACAGCCAUGUUUUAAAAAGAGAAAAUUACUUGUAAGAGCUUGCAAUGGGUGGGGACUUCCUGUUUGCUCUAGCAUGUGCACAGGUAAAAACAGGGGAAAAAACAGCGCUGAAGAGCCUCUGUCCUACUCUUAGAUUUUCUUAUGCAUUGUAACCUUUGAAUAUGGGAUGGUAUCUGGUUAAUUUUAAGAGAUCUUAAUCACCACUACUGUUUUCAAAAUAAACUGGAGACCUGUC